CACGCCAAAUAAGAGGUGGAGGAUGAGCAGAAAGGUGGGCCUAAGUGCCAACACAUCCCAGUUCACCCUAGAGGGAGAAGCCUUUCAUAUCCUUGGGGGGUCCAUUCACUAUUUCCGGGUACCCAGGGCCUACUGGAGAGACCGGCUGAUGAAGAUGAAGGCCUGUGGCAUCAACACCCUCACUACGCAUGUGCCAUGGAGUCUACACCAACCAGAGAGGGAGGUCUUCAACUUCCACACACAGCUGGAUUUAGA